CCAGAUUAGAGGAGCAUAAACUGAAUGCUGCUUCUCAAUGUUUGGUUUUGAUUCUGGGCAUGCAGAGCAGACUUGAACUAGACCUGAAGGCACUGUGAUCAUUUCAACUAAAGAUAAAUGCAUGGAUGAUUUUUUCAGGAUCUUGUUAGGACAUUCGUAGUUUGGAAAUGUUCUUCAGCUGAUGGAAGACUAACUUUGWAACUGUCUUUAUGUGGCGCUGAAGGUCCAGGUCCAUCACUGCACCCAGAUUUCAGGCCUUUUCAGUAGUUUGUAUUGACUGUGUGCUGACUCUACAUCGUUCCUGUUUUGAUCUAUAGAUAAUAACUUCAGUUUUUAAAAUUCACAAGAAGCCAAUUUAGUUAAUACAAAACAGGAAAUAUACGAGGUUGCAUGUUUUGGUCGAACAAYUCUUCUGAAUGGCUAAUAAACGCUUCAGUAAAGCUUUGUCUAGCCUUGUUUACAGURACAGACAAWGCGUUUUUUUAGCUUUACGGAUGGCCAYACWAGUUUGAUUAAUUUAAAAGUAUUUCUUAUUUGAACGGGACAAGACUGGGAUUUUUAGAAGUGAACCCAGAGUUAGGUCGGAAACAGAAAUUAAGCUCUGGUUUGAAUAAUGGGAGCUAAACCAAAAUAACAACUCCAGCCUUGGGGAACGCCACAGAUCACUGAAACCUUCACAUUUGAGUAGUUAGGUUUUACUGAAUUUAAACUCGGUUUCAACAUGAACUGAGUUUAAAUUGGAUUAAACUCAGUUGAUGUUGGAGCCAGAGAUAAGAGCCAAAACUAUUAUAACUCUGAUGUAAAGUCAUUGUUUUGUGACCUGAUUUUAACCCCAUUCCACACUCUCGUAAUUACAAACCAACACAAUAUUUUGCAAUUAAAAUUAAGAAAACAUGCGCAACGUAUCCUCUUUGCAGACUACAGAUUGCUUCAAAGCUUUUGUGUAAGUGAGAGAUGUGUAAUCUGCUCAGUGAACCGCACCGUGUGUCACAGGGUGAGAUAAAGACUUCGUAUCAGAAGCGCUGGUUCGUGCUGAAGGGAAACCUCCUCUUCUACAAGGAGCGCCGGGGGGACAGGGACGUAAUUGGAGUCAUUGUUCUGGAGGGCUGCACYGUCCAGCUGUGUGAGUCUGAGGAGCAGUUCGCCUUCUCCCUCGUGUGGAGCGAGCCGGGACUCCGGACCUACAAGUUUUCAGCGGAGAACCAGGCGAGCCAGGAGAGCUGGAUCAAGGCUCUGCUGUCGGCCAGCCACAGCUACCUGGCCCUGCUGGUGACGGACAUGGAGAAGCAGUACAGAGAUGCCUUGCAGUUGCAUCCCAGCCAACUCCACCGGCCGUUCACGAUGCCAACCUUCCACACGUCAGGACCGAACUUUGUGGAAGCAGGAGUCUCCAACCAAAUGCUUCAGCCUUCAAACAUUUCAGCAGCCACAGCGUUUUCUAAGAAAUCACCCAGACUGCGCCCUAAGAAGAACUCAAACCUGCCGCCUGUCAGCACGCCUGCUCUGCUGAUGCUGGAGUACUCGGGUUUGUCUUUAGAUCCAGAGGAAGAUUUCAUUAAAAUGCACRAAGACUUUGGAAAGGAGGUGAAGAAACUGAUUGCUGAUUGGUCCAGGACAAGAGGCGGCGAUGAACCAGCUCUGGAGGAAAGCCUGAUAAAUCUUGGAUAAAGAAAUUUUACGUUCUCGGUUUUUAAUCAUCGUGUUAAAUCAUGUUUGCAAUAUUUSAAACCUUUUAUUUCAUUAGAAACAGGAAAAGUUUAGUUUCAUGUAUGUGCUUUGCUCAGUUUUUGUGUUUUCCUCCCAUACAUUGUUCAAUAAAUUAUCUAUAAUCUC